GUCCCGACGAACAAUCCCUCCGCUCUCAACGUUCAGUGCUUCUUCGAGUGCGUUCCCCCCUUCGUGAUCGAUGGCACGCGCCUGCCGCUAGUCUGACCCUGUUUUCUAAAUGGGUGUUCGCCUCGGUUGCUGAAAGAAAGGGCAGCGUGCCCUCUGGGGAGAGAAUCGACGGAGGCUACGCACAUUGGAUAAAAAUAGGAAAAAUUAUGAGAAAAUUUAUGUCGGGAAAAGCUGGGAGAAAGUCUCCGAGCGGGCACACGGCCGGCGGCCGAGGCGAUUUCACCACACUGGAGGGUAGAGGUUGGUCACCAGAUCGUGGUCACCCGAUCGACUUGGUAGCACCUAGAUAUAGAGCCAUCAACACCACACCGAUGCGUGCCGUGGUCUGGUGGUUGGUCGUCUGCGCGCAUCUCGGGACAGUGCCAGUGUUGGCUCUUCAGUACUUCUCGUGCACCGACUGUUCUGUGGGGGGCGCGCUCUCAGCGCAGAAGCAGCAGUGCCCUCCGGGCGAGACCUUCUGCGCGGCGGUGUCUCGGCCGCGCACGAGCCCAUUGGUCUAUCAGUCCUCCUCCGUUGACCGCGGCUGCGCGUCUUCGCUACACGUGGCGUGCGAGCAGCUCAAUCCCCCACAAUCAUCAUUAGCCAGAAAAGACAUAGAGGAGAAAGCAGGAAAGUCAGCAACAACACCUGCUGUGGGCGAUCACGGCCAUCGAGAAAGCGACGGCCAAAAUUUUCUUCCCGGCAACAGCAGCAGCAGAAGUAGUAGGAGUAGUGAUGGUGGCAGCCAGAAUGAUGGCCACCAUUUGCAGCCACUGAUGUGUUGCUCGACGGACAUUUGCAACGGGCUCGAGGACGCGCGGAGGGAGGGGCAGCGCCGGUCGGGAGAACACCUGCGGACUCUGAUGGAGGGUGCCCCUCGGAAGGAGGUUAGAUCUUCGCGGGACUCGCCUGCUGAUGGUGGCAUUGUUGCGGCUGGCGGCCGUGGAUCGGGAGUCGGAACGGCGGCAGCGGUGGAGAAGAGAAUGGUGGAUGGUGAAGACGACAACUCGGCGCGCGGGGGGGGUGUGGGAGGGUCGAGGUUUGCGACGGUGCUUGUGAUUGUUGGAACCUUUUCGCAAGUAUUAUGGCUGGUGGGUAGGCUGAUAGAGUAAAGUGUGGGUGAAAGGGGGGUCCUUCGAAAUGUUGAAAUUCUGCAAGGGUUGAUGGACGUGCAGAUUUUCCCAUCGAAGCAGGAGAGAGACUUCAGCUACAGAAAGGGCCGUUGACCACAAAAUCAGCUCUGGCUGUGGAAAUGUACCAGCUUGUUCCUACCUCCCAGAUAAAAGGGAGCUAAAGCUUGCAGUUAUGUAGUUGCGACAGGGCCCAAGCAUUGUUCUGGUUGUCAAGCGGCAGCAGCGGAACAUUCUCGAUGGUAUCAGUGUGCAUUCCAAGAACGUAUCGCCUUUAGUCUGCUGGACUUCUCUUCCUCCGUAAUAUAUGCCGCCUUUGCCAUCUUUUUGGUCGGAGGAGAGCAGGACGGAGAAUGAAUACAAACGAAUAGCGAUACAUUUGCCGGGCUGAUGAUGAUGGAGGUGGCAGGAGUACCAGCGUACGUCUCCCUCUAGUCUUAUGCUUUGUAUCGCUAACCCGCCCCCCCUCUCAUUACCCCCGAUGUUUUCAUGUUGUUUUCUGUCUGAUGUAGCAUGUUGUAUGUGUUUGAAUCUGUUUUAUGUUAUUCCGGUGGAGGAGCGAUCCUAGAACCACCCACAACAGUUGUUUAGGAUGGGCGUGUGAAGAAUGGCUCCGCCAGUGCAACCACCGGCGGCGAGUACACUCUAGCCCCCUCUCAUCCUUUUUUGUUCGGAUGGGGCCUCUGUUCCUGCUUUUCUAUUCUGUUCAAGCCGGGUUUGGUCGUCUCCCGGUUAGUUUUUUUGUGAUUUUCUGCUAUAGUGUUUGAAGGAUUUUUUCUGGGUCAAUAUUGCCCGUUCCUUGUUUAUUUUUAGGAAGGUGUAACCCCAUUUUGGGUAGUUGGUCUGUGGCCACCAAGCCGUCCGCGUCAGAUGGUCCAGUACGGAUGCUAUAAGGUGCUCAGCGGAGACUGGGACGGAUUUUAUUGUGAAGACACCAGCAACAACAGCAACAGCACAAAAUAGAUCAGUGA